AUGAAGAAUAAGAGCGUUAAUGUAAUUUUGGGCGACAUAGUAACGUGUUUGAUUCUGAGUACGUCCCACACCUUGCUUGUCCGUCUCUCGAAAUCCUUUCUCGUAUUUUUUCCUUACCGUUUAAACAAUAAACGACGCACAGGUGUUUCUCUAACUAACUCUCUCUCUCUCUGUCAUGCACUCAUUCUUUCUCUCUCUCACACGCAUUCUUUCUCUCCUUCUCCCUUUACUAUGAUUUCUUUUCCCCUUCCCACAAUUACUUUGUUUUUGUUUGUUUUUUUGCUUUUCAUUCCCCUUCAUAAGUGUCGGUAUUUCAAUGUUGUCUAUUUUAUCUCUUCCCUUUUGUUUCUUUUUCUUUUUUCUUUUUCUCUUUUUCUUUCUUUUGAAUCUGCCAGACGAAACGAGCCGUGUGAAAGAACGCGUCCGUUGUCAACAAUCGCACUAACGAGCCUGCUUUUUCUUUUGCUUGUUGUCGUCUUCUGGCGGGAAAUUUUUUUUAUUAUCUACAGAAGAGAUGGCCGGGUUUCAUGCAGUUCAACACGGAGUCAAGCUGUCAUGGAUCCUGUUCGGCGAAUAAGCACAAACUCCUAUCUGUCAGACGGGGAACGAUAUUUAACCACUCCCAGUCUUUCGGACGUCAAAAGCGGGCGAAGUGGUCGACGUAAUCAGAUUGACGUUAAACACUUAUUUCUUACUUUCUUCUUUCUUUCUUUCUUACUUUCUUUCUUUCUUUCUUUCUUUCUUUCUUUCUUUUUUCUUUCUUUCUUUCUUUCUCUGAAACCAACCUUUUCCUAUCUAUCUAUCUAUCUAUCUAUCUAUCUAUCUAUCUAUCUGUUGUGCCGUUGCGGUCGGUCGUCCGUUGGUCGGCAGCAGUCGUGGGUGCCGUUUUGCUCGUUUGCUGUCGUAAAGUGUUCGUUCGGAAGAGAAGGCAGUCGUUUCAGGUUCGCAAGAAGGCGUUCGUUUCAGGUUCGCAAGAAGGCGGUCGUUUCAGGUUCGCAACAAGGUGUUCAUUUCAGGUUCGCAACAAGGUGUUCGUUUGGGGUUCGCAACAAGGUGUUCGUUUCAGGUUCGCAAGAAGGCAGUCGUUUCAGGUUCGCAACACGGCGUUCAUUUCAGGCUCGCAACCAGGUGUUCGUUUCAGGUUCGCAACAAGAUGUUCGUUUCAGUUCGCAAGAAAGCGGUCGUUUCAGGUUCGCAACAAGGCGUUCAUUUCAGGUUCGCAAGAAGGUGUUCGUUUCAAGUUCGCAACAAUGUGUUCAUUUCAGGUUCGCAAGAAGGCGUUCGUUUCAAAUUCGCAAGAUGCGUUCAUUUCAGGUUCGCAACAAGGUGUUCGUUUCAGAUUCGCAACAAGGUGUUCGUUUCAAGUUCGCAACAAGGCGUUCGUUUCAGGUUUGCAAACAAGGUGUUCGUUUCAGGUUCGCAAGAAGGCAGUCGUUUCAGGUUCACAACACGGCGUUCAUUUCAGGUUCGGAACAAGGUGUUCGUUUCAGUUUCGCAAGAAGGCAGUCGUUUCAGGUUCGCAACAAGGCGUUCGUUUCAGGUUCGCAACAAGGUGUUCGUUUCAGGUUCGCAAGAAGUCAGUCGUUUCAGGCUCGGAACACGGCGUUUAUUUCAGGUUCGGAACAAGGUGUUCGUUUCAUUUUCGCAAGAAGGCAGUCAUUUCAGUGUAAAGCAGUUUCUUUAUUCCAUUAUUUUUACUUACUCUCUAUUUUUUCCAAUCCAUCUUGCCAAAUCUCAGCCAUUUUGUCAGAACUCCAGUUGUUAUUCUUAUUGUUAAAAUUCAUAUUUUAA